AUGUUCAUAAGUAUGUCUUUUAUUAGCAUGCCUAGUAUCAUUUCACAUCCAGCCUUACAAUUUACAGUUUCGUUUGAUAUUACUGACGUAGUCCAUGGUUAAAUAAUUAACGUCAAACUUGUUAGGUUUCAUUAAUCUGAUUUCGAUUGCCAAAAACGACAAGGUCCUAUGCCUGCAUCAGGAACUAAAACGCAUCUUCCAUGUAGUACAGUUGACUCACACAGAGACAGCAGGAAAAGUCUCCUGUUUCCAGCUUGACGCGCAUGUAUACGAAAACCUGCCCACAAUUACUUCACAUAUGAGCGAACCAAACGGACCACCCUUCUGUCGAUGUCGGACGUAACAUGUGGUAUAGUGGGUCACUUCGUCUUUGAACAGGGCCGCAGAUAUCUCUUCCGCGAAAACGGCACUCCAGUCCCUCUUAAGGGUUCCAGGUAGCACGUCUGAGACAUGACUUAGUUAGGGGAAUGGCGUUGACACUUGUUGACUGGUGCUGCCCCGUAGGAUGGCAGCAAAUUACUGAAGGUAGUCCACCGCGACUAUACUGUCAAUAAUUAAGCAGGAAUUUUCGGAGGCGCCACUUGCGAACGGCGAUCGUCUGGCGGUUCAGCAAUGAAUCUCGACUGUCUUAUUUUCAUAGAUUCACCACAUCCACCAACAGAGUUGAGGUCGUUCCGCGUAAUGGCAAACAAUUUAGGGGAUGUGAGUUUUUCCUCCGAGGACGACGUUUCCGCCCACGGGGACCACAGCUCCAACGGGGGCAGCGUCAUUGAUGUGUCCGAACCACACGUUUUCCCGAUAUUUUCCUCCAUUAUACGCGUUAUUCUUCAACUUCGCGCUGAGCACGACGAAGUGGUUGGGCAGACACUGGCUUAGAAGUACUGAAGAGGAUCAAAACAGAUUUCUGAUUAUUAAAAGAAAAAAAGAGGCGUGGAUGUCGCAGAUUUAUUUCGGCAGGGGACACUCCCGCACGCAGUAGCACAGCAGAAAAUAGCGCACGAAAUUGCAUACGCAUGAGCAAGUAUGCUAAUCGGUCGAUCGUCCGAUCACGGUGCGCGCAUUUUCUGCACGCAAGGGAAUCAAAAGUCCGGGGCCAGCCGCGACCAAUCAUAUGCCGACCUUCAAAUGCCUGUAGUAAGCGAACUUCGACUCGCAUUUCAUUACCGUUAGGUUACAAAGACCGAGAGCUGGAACUCUCAGUACAAACGUCUGCACAAAAGACUUUACUCCUUAGAUAAUCCUUAGCUACGAAGACAGUAAUCUUGUAGCUCACUAACACUUUCGAUCUUUUUUUUCGCAAUUACAACAGAGAUGAUCUGGUUGGGAAAGAAAUUAUAUUUUCUGCUUUAUUUAGAGGGGAUCUCUGCUUCACACACUAUUCAAUGUUCUUGCGCACAGUUUUAUUUUGCAUGAAAAUAUGUCAAUGAAUGGGGCUUCUUUCUUGUUGCUUGUCGGCCAUUUUAUUACGGCGCGAUGGACGCUCGCGUCCUUGAAAAGGAACUGGGCUGCGUAAUCUGGUCGCUCGACUGGCCAAAUGGAUGGUGUGAAAGUCGGAGUUUCCUCGAGGACGCCCAAGUAAAUUAACUAACUUAACUCUAAUUUCCCUGCCGAUAUCCAUGUACGAACUACCUAUACCGACGUCUUAAUACGGUCGCGUAUGUGUCCCUCUGGCCCAUCAUGCUAUGGGGUGCACGGUGGACAUCGUCAUUAGCGAAUGUCGAACUGUCAUGUGUGAAGUUGGGGGAUUGCUGUGGAAACUUGGAAUAUGCACGGUAUUAAUCGUCUGUCCAAACUGACGGAGAGAAAUGGCAUUCGUUUGUUGGCUUCUCACCGCGCGUCUAGAGCCCAUUCAGUUUGUCACAGCAAAAAAGCAUUGAAUUAUCGACAAGGGUUACUGACAAAUAUUAAUGUUUCUGAAAUGUCCACUUCAGUUGGUGAUAUCUUAACCUCAGGUGUUGGCAUGUCCAAUGUUUGGUCCGGGAUCCAGUGAGCCAGGCCCACUGUCUUAUUUGCAGGAAAUACUGGACUCGCACGGCCAGUUUUUAUAUCCACACCGGGUCGUCAAUCUGUUUUUUUUUCAGAAAAAGAACAUUUUGUCUUAGUUUGAAUAGGAAAACAGCACAUGCAACCACAGGAAGGGCAUUAACUACCUGAUAACGCAAAUUCUGGCUAUCCGAUGCAUCUACAGACGAUGACUAGUCAAAGAGUCCUCACCAAGGGCCUUCCACAAACUAAACAGUUUCAGGUCUGCCGGUAAACAGUCUCGGACCAGUAGUGACGGUGUUACCAGGAUUCUGACUGUUAAGAUCUGACAACCGACUCCCCUGUAAAAUGUUGUGCACUCCGACAUGACUAACACAGACUGUUAUUGAACAAACUCUUCUUAUAUCUGCCGCGUUUCGUACUUGAACUCCAUCCAAAGGGGAACCGGACAAGCACCAGACACCCGAAUGUCCAUCUUUUUUAAGUCUUCACCCGUGACUUUCGACUGUGAUGUCCGCGGAGACCGAUGUGUCGGGGUUUUUGCUAGUACACCGGCUAGUAGACAUCCACCCUGACCCAUUCGCUAGGGAAAACUUCACGCCUUACGGUAGGACAUGAGGACUUUUUUGCGCCGACAACAUUAAGCCCUCACGUUUGAACUUUGGUGCUUUAUGCAGUCAGAAUCAUCUGCCUCAUCAGGUUCAGGAAACCGAGUAAUGCUCCCACCCACAAAACAACAGUUUGAAUGACAGCAAUCAAAGACGACUACCAAAACUGAAUCCCUCUACCGGUAGUUGGUGUUUUCGAGGAUUGCACCUGCGCGUCUUCGUAGUGCUGGUGUUCGACAAAGUUGCAUUCUCCAUUUAUUUUACGCUAGUCCAUUAACCAUAUUCUCGGGAGAAUAAUAUGCGUUUUUGACGGUAUUUAAUAUGCAUUAGGCCGCCGGUUGACUUGCACCAACUAUGCUGACGAUAUUGCCCUGCUGGCGUCAAGUUACGAUGACCUGCACAGUUUAGUGUCUCGGGUGAAUGAUGUUAUGUUGGUCGACUUAUCCAUAAAUUUAGGGAAGACCGAAGUGUUUUUCAUCAGCAUUUCUGGCUAAAAGAAGGCGCCCCUUCGCAUUAUUGGCUGUUAGCUUGAAAAACCUGUCAGUUUUAAUUGCCCCAGGGUGAAAUUCCUGCCAACUGCACAGGGUAGGGACGACACCGCUAUCUGAUCCAGUGCUGCAAGCAGGGUUUUUACGAUUCUUAGAUGUCCUUAUACAGGCCGCGGUAUCGCCACUGUCACACAGAUUCUCGUUUAUUGGGUAUCCCUUCGGCGAGUUAUGUGCGUGGGGACAACGAGCGAACACUGGAGGUGUUUGAUCACCGUUGCUCGUGGAUCAUCUUCGAAGUGGAGUACGCUGAUUUUGUCCUCAAUUAAACCGUCUGCACUCGCUGCAGCUACAUUGUGUGGGUACCUCAGACCCUUGACGAAAGAGCACUAGGGUGGUCUAGGCACGUUCUUUGUCGUCCACCCCGUGAGUUAAAUAUUUCUGCCCUUGGUUUGGCGUCGUAGUUCAUCUGGAGGAGUAAGAGAUCGGCCCAAACACUGGUUCAAAACAGCUUGUCAAGACAUGGAUGUGGUUCUCGGACUUUCGGUGUUUCGUCUUCAUUACUGUAGAAGGGAGUGGACCCAGCUCUGGAGACUUGUUGCAGAUUGUCGCACGUAGAGAUUUGCAUUUCGUGGCACCGAGGGCGGCUAAAUCAGGUUUGGCCACGGCUGUGCUAAAUACGGUUUGUUAUCAUCACGGUUGUUGCUGUCUGGAAACCGACACCGGAUGCCAUGGAGGCAGAGGCUUUUUACGACGGAAGUUCGAUCAUCUUUAUACGUGUUUAAUUUUGUGGCUUUCAUGUUGUUGUGGAGUAUUGAAACGACAGAACAGGAGGUGCAGUGCGUCUACGAUGGCCACUGUGGAGGGCGCAACCGUAGUGCCAACGGUGAAAGGCUUGUCAACUUUGUUGUGCUAAAUCUGCUUCCGAAUCUGAGGGAGGCAUCUAAUCACCCAGUACGUUAGUUACGAUCACAUCCAAAAUUAAUCUGACUACAUACAUGUCAGGGGGUAUUGUGGUGUCUCAUUGCUAGACACCCACGCGAUGCUUGGUGCCGACACCGAGAGGAAACAUAACUCUGAUCAUGCUCUUACGAGGUCUUGACACAUGUUUUUGAAAGGACACGACCUGCAAGAAAAUGCUGUGUCGACCGUUUCAAGGGCCCAUCAGAGGAUUUUAGGCUGGCUCUGUCCUCUAGGGAUGACGAAGGUACGUUGAUAGUCUCACUGUAGAGCACGUCUAUCGAGGUAACAGCGAAACUGCCUUGUAGCAAAAGAGCUGGUGAGGAGUGUGUUUUGGCAGAAAUAUAUGCAGCAUAAGCUGACCGGAAAUACGGAAUUUUGAACCCAAGUUGAGAGGCGACUCUCGUACCCGCAAACCGAAGCGAUGCCGCUGUUGCGCUGAUCUUCAUGUGACAUGAUGGUUGAGAGUAGCAUAAGUCUUGUUGACACUGCUGCCAAAGUCUGCAGUCGUCCUCUUCAAUCGCCUUCGCCUGUACCGCUUGACGUUCACUGCAGAGGCUGGGUUGUGUUGGCCAGCAUCCUCCCCUUCAUUAAACCAUCGAACAUGCCACUGCUAUCAACAACUCAGUCUCGUCUGUUUUGCGUCUUUUUGUUUUUGCAAUCGACUCUUUACAUCAGGAUAGUCUGUAGUCGCUGUGUGCUCGCAUGCCACCUAAAUUACUUUUUUUGGUUCAGGCCUACUAUCGUAAAAAAAAUGGAAAUUCGUGUGAGGGGUGGCAAGAGUUGCUUCUUUGAUGUCCCCUUAACCAUCCUUCAAAGUUGGGUUCUUUUCACCAACUCUGUUCUACUACGUGGGUUAUUUGACAUGUUCUGGUAGACCGCAUCGCUAUUACGGUAGUUUGUGUCCGUGCAUUACGCGUAUUGACUACGCUAAUUCAUUACGGUGUUGGCGAACUCCUGUGGACUAAUGUAGCUUGCUAUGUCCCAGGUAGGCGUGAUGAAGACGUAAGUCGUCCUAAAGCAACUCUCGCAGGAUGUAAACGGUCACGUUGAGGUCUUCUGUGGGAAAUAUCCAUCCGGUCACGGUAAGCGGACAAAUACUGCUAUGUUGGCUCUAUAGUUCUACCACACGGGCAAGGUAAUGGAUUUAGAUCUGUUUGUUCGUGGAAUCAAGUGAGCGUGAGAGGCCCUCGUCGGACUUUGUUAGAAGUUCUGGGGUUGACUUUGUGGUGGUCUGAAUAACAUGCCGCAUGUUUACGAGUCCUACUGCUAAAAAAUCCUCCAGAAUCGGUGUGAGACGUAUUCCAUGGGCCCAGAAGGUAUGAUCGGUCAGGACGCAUUCGAUCGAUGUUGCUUGAGCUUCAUCAUCGCCAUUUCUCUGCGACCGCAUUCUCAACACAGGAGCGUACAAACGUGGUGACUACGAACGAAGACAGUCAAUUACGAUGGCUUGACGAUGUGUUGCACCCGCCUGAUGGUUAAACGAUCGCAAUGGAGGAUAGUCAUUCGUCAUGUGGCAAAUGCGAAUGACCUAGUCAACCAGGCCGCAUGCUGAUGAGGACGCUAGUACAUUCAAAAACAAUCCAUUCGAGGAACAUUGCUGCGUAGGGGCAAUUUGCUACUAAAUAAUAGGCGCCGAACUGUCGCAACCGGAAAACGACGUUUGAGCGAAUUUCAAGUAACCUUAACUGGUCUGAAGGUUGAGCUGUUUUUACCUCUAGGAUGCUCCAGGGCUCACCGUAUAUUAGUCCCUUCAACAGCGUGCGUCUUACCCCCAACUGCUCGCCAUCUUUCUUCAUCGUUUCGAAGACUCUACUACCCCGCAGCGUGUAAAUGCUUUGGCGCCCAUAUAAUCAUCACAACUAAGUUCUUUGUAGGUAAAUAUGAAAACGCCGAUGUCAAGUGAACUAGACUUCAUUUGCUACUCAAAAUUUACAGUAAUUCAUAUUUUCUUUUUUCAUUAGGCUCUGUGAGGCAGAAUGCUUCUUGGGCGGUUGGUGGUUCUUCUUCUGUUACAACCAUGCAUUUCCAAGGACGCUCCACAAACUACUGACCUGACUGCAAGUGCUUCGACCCAAGCAUCACAGUCAGGCUCCACAACUGAAUCAAGUAGCCCAUCAGCCACACCAAAUCGCAACUUGACCAAUUCUCUUCCCCUUUGUUCUCAAUUGAGUGCUGAACUUGUCAGCUGCCAGUUUAAUUCGUCUUGUGUUUACGGCGAGCAGAGCCGGGUGCCCUGUUGGCCGAAAAAUCAGUCCCCCUGCGAGGGUGACGACUACUUUAGGCUCUCAAAUGCCUCCCAUACAGUGAAUUCUCUUAAUCGCAGGCAGCAGCAGAUGCAUUUUCGUGAAUUUACCUGCAUGUACUGUCACCAGCUGGACAAGAAGUACUUUACUUGCGAUGUGCACGGCGGAGAGUGCAGUCAGUCAGGCGUGGCACGCAGGUACUACACGGCUACUUGCCGCGCCGAUGCUAGGGUAUUAUGCAUGGGCAAACGCAGGUUUUUCCGCAUGAAGCUGUGUAACAAGCCUUCGGGCAAAACCUACGGAGCCACUGUGACACUGAGUCUACUUCUGGGCGGUCUGGGUGCAGACCGCUUCUACCUGGGCAUGUGGAGAGAGGCUCUGGGCAAACUGUUUACGUUCGGCGGGCUGGGAGUGUGGAGCCUCUUGGACUUCUUUCUGGUGGCCGUCGGCUACAUUUGUCCCCAGGAUGACCCUUCUUACGGCCGCGAUCCUUGA